GUGCGUCCAGCUGUCAAGAGAAGACCGUCUCGCGCACCUUACGUGUCAGCUCCAUUACUUCUACUUGGGUAAAAAAAAUAAGUUCUGUUCUAACUCUAAAAGUUUUUGAUUCAAUCUUCGGCGGGAACAUGAGAGGAGAAGCUGCUGUGGGAGAUGGUGUGGAGGAAGACGAACGUGGAGGAGACUCUGUGAAGGAGAAGCGAGCUAGUGUUGCAAUGCUGAAAAGUAUGCUGGAAAACAACUCCCGGAGCCCUUUGUUCAACCCCUACAUUAAUGGAGUGCAAGACGUUCUUCUUUCCAACCAACAGAAUGGAGCUCCAGGGACUUCCACUGGGGCAAACCCUUUUCAUUCAUAUUACAUGGAGUCUGGAAGCUUGGGUCACAUAAGGGAGAGUUCUGGAAGUAAAUCAGAAGCAGCGAACACCAUCAUCCUCCCUCCACCUGAUUAUCAGGAUACUGAAACUACUUUGGACCUCAGCGCCACUGCCAGGGAUGAUUUUCAUGAUAGAAACAUCAACCCACUGGGCUUUAUUAGCAGAAAUGCGUCUCGGAAACAGAACUUGUCUAAACCCUGGGAGAAAAAUGGCUUUCACUCUGUAAAAGAUGAACUGCAGGAUCUUUUCUAUGCUACCAAAGGGGAGGAGUUUCUCCGUACUGAUCAUCCUAAUGAGAUGGCCACGUUGGAAAAGUCUUGUGAUAUUUUUGUGGAUCCUUUCAAAGCACAGCUGGAAAAAGAAAAUGAUUUGUUCCAGGCUUCACAAACUGUUCCAGGAAACCCUUUUCACAAAAGCAAAACAGCAGAAGCUGAUUUGUUUCAAUCAGUUCCAGCUAAGACUGAAGACCUUUUUGCUGUCAAACGAAAAGAAGAUACUCAAAAUUCAGUGGAUAAUUACUCCUUUAGGAGUAAUUUAGACAUUUUUUCUUCUUCAUCUGCAAGUACAGUUGAUCCAUUCUCAAGUCCACUUCCUAGGAAUCUAUUUGAUGUCUCCAGUUUGGAUGACCCUUUUGGCCCAACUCCUUUUAAGCAACAGGACCCUUUCCAAAGUUUUUCUAAUGGAACCUCAGACAUAUUUCAACCAUGCUUCUCAGAAGCUAAAGAAAAAAAUGCAUUUGACUUGUUCUUUACACCUUCCGAGGUAAAGCUGGGUACGCCACCACCAACAGAUCUACAGAGGACACCAUUAAAACUGCCUCCAGCCGUCCCACCAAAGCCUCCCAACAAGCCACGAGACCGUCUUCAACCUACUUCUUUCAUUCAGGCUGCUGGUCUGUCCCCGUCACCCAGCCAAUCUCAAACUGAGAUAACCAAUGGGUCAAAUUUUAAGCGUCCACCAAGACCACUUCCUCGAAUUCGGCGCCACAGGUCAGAAAUAUCACCACAACCAGAGAAACCAACACUCCUCGAAAAAACCAUAACAUCUGAGAGUCCACCCCAGCCUGAGAGACCACAAGAACCAGAGAGGCCACAACAGCCCGAGAGACCACCUCAGUCAGAAACUCCCCUAAAACCAGAGGGACUUCCCCAGCCAGAGGUCUCUGUAAACCCCAUCACUCAGAUUGAACCUGAACCAGAUGCACUUACACCUCCCCCUAAAUCAUUCUUCAAACUCCCUACCAAACCACCCAAACCAAGUUUCCGUCUCAAAUCAAAGACUCCGGAGACUAAACUGGUUACUCCUGACAACUAUGUCGUCUUCGAGGACAUUCUGUUAAUUGGACAGGAACAAUGUGUUGAAGACUGGCCCGAGGACAGUCCGGAGGUCGAUCCUGAUUUUAAACCAUCUGGAAAAAUUAAAUUACGAAGAGAUUCGAUGCUGGUUAACAGGGAUUCUGGCGGAGGAAGCAGUGAGGAUUUCGAUGCCCUAGGAGGUCACGUGAAGAAAAAGAAUCUGAGUUUAAGAAAGUCCCUGCUCUCCAAGAGAGCCUCAGAGAGCAAGUUUCCAGAUGAUGUCAAAGAUAAGAGGAACCCUUUGCCCCUCCUAAGAGAGGCCAAGGACAGUUCUGAAACCAACGCCUCUGCUGGAGAACAUGAGGAUGAUGUUUUAGGUCCCAUGGAACACAAAAAAGAAAAGAAUACCAAAGUUUCAAACCUUUUUCGAAGAUCAUCCUUGGGAGCUGAGGGGAAAACAAUUGGACAUUUAAAGGACGGUGACACUCACAAGAAACACAUCGGAAAGAGAAACACCCAUCGUAAACCAUCUGAGGAUGAACCAAGAGGAGCGCAUGGAUACACGCCUCACAAAGGCUCAAAGGAAAAGUCACUUGAUGAAGACUUUGGUGCAUAUGGACACACGCCUCAAGACAAGUCCAAGAAUGAGAUGUUUGACAAUGAAGACGCGAUGAAUGAGCUGCAUCCUCAGUCGGCUGCAAAGGGUGACGUCAUGGGUGAGAAGAAAAAAAAGAAACAAAAACUUCCAUCGAUCGCUCGUCAAAGAUCCAAGGAGAACAUGUUGGAUGAUAAUGGUUUGCAGAAAAAGAAGAAGAGCAGCUCGUCAGCUGAAGAGUUGGACAAUGGAGAACUUCACGAGAUGGAGAAAGCCUCCAAACAAAAGGCACAGCAUCCUGUUCCACGGAAACCCAGAGCAGCCCGUGGACUUGCUAAGGGAGGUCUCAAUGAGGAUCACGUGUCAAAGAAAAAUGCAGCGAGUCUUGGAGAGGCCUACGACGUAGACGUGGAUUAUCUUGACCUCUGCAAACCGAAAAACACAUUUAAACAGAAAGUGGCUAAGAAGCUGAAAGCCAAGCAUAAAGCCAAGCCUGACGCUGCACCAGGAGCUGCACCUGCUGACCUGUCAGAGGCUGCUAAGGCCGAGUGGAUGGCUGCUCAGAAUGAUCUAGGUCUAGAUGAAGAGGAUUUUGAAGAGGACGGGGACACAGACAGCUUGAUGGAGUGGUGGUGCACGGUGGAACAGUGGGACGAGCUGCCGUCGGAUGAAGAGGAAGCGGCCAUUAAAGAAGAUGAGUCAAAGUCGUUCACCAUCUUGGCUGGCAAAGUAGAACGUGGCCUGCGCGUCUUCAAUAAGGUCUUCACAGAACGGGCCGAGGUUCUCUGGGAGUCCAUCCUCCAGCUCCACUUCCUCGCCGAUGACAUCAGCGAGUUCCACCAAAAGGCCAGGAUAGCUGGCAUCACCGGCGGCACCACCACGGCAGUGGGCAGCGUGGCCGCCAUCACAGGCCUGGCUCUGGCUCCUCUAACCUUUGGAGCCUCUCUGGUGGUCACGGCAGUAGGAGUGGGCGUGGCUGCGGCUGGUGGGAUCACUUCGGCCUCUGCAGCCAUCUCCGAUAACGUCCACAACAUGAAUGACCGCAAGAAGGUGGAAGCACUGCUGAAAGAGUAUGAGGAGCACAUGAUGGCCAUCUCCAAGAUCCUCCACUUCCUCAACCAAGGUCUGUACAAACUACGCGGCCAUCCCUUCCUCAGAUCCGGCACCCAGCACUACUCUCAGGACUGGGAGAUCCGUAAGGCCGUCCAGGUGAUCGGCCUGGUGGACUCACCUGUGAUGAGAGCGACGAGCAUAACAGACGACGCCGUGGCCUCACUGCAGGGACUCUUCCAAGGCAUGGACAAGUACUUCGCCAAGGACUCCAGAGAGCUGAAGAAGGGCUGCAAGAAGGAGAUCGUGGCUGAAAUAAGACAAGUGGCUAACGUGCUGAACGACUGCAUCGUGGAGCUGAACGCGAUCAGAGAGGAUCUCCAGAAAGCUACUGGCCUCUAAGCCAGUGGAGCUGCGGCGCCCUUUGCUGGCUGAAGCACAGAGCUACACUAAACCUUCCACCUCUGUGAAGCUGAUAGUGAACAAUGUUUUUAUUUAUGCGGAGAGGUGAUUUUCUUUAGAAUUUUUUAAGCUGUAAAUUGUUUUUGGAUUAAUAUUCUAAGAUUUUUAUUGAACACCUACUGCGCUCCAUCCCUGUGCCUUUUGCUCCCUAAAAGUCAUUCCUUUUGCUUGGAUUCACUCUUGUCGUUUGCUUUAUUCACAAAGGGUUCUUUUGACACUCACUGAUUCAGUUUGGUUUAUUCAUGGGAGAAAGUCACACAGCUCACAACAGGAGCGGUUUAUGUAGGACAGACCGAAGACGAAGCCACACAGUUAGAAUAUUAAUCCCUUUUAUUUAAAAUUGUGUUUAAUCCGUUUCAGUAUGAAUAAAACUGUUUACAGUUCAUGUUUAAAUGAACAGAAGUUGGAUUUUAUUACUCGAGCAGAGAACAGAUUUUCUCUCUGGAGGUUGUUUGGAUAAAUAUACAGAACCAGUGCCACAAUAGGAUGUAAAUGGUUGUUUGGCCAACAGGUUCGAUGUGUGAUUUGAUGUUCUUACUGAAUAGGAGUUGUUUUUAAUCAUCCAAACAACCUAUUCUAACCUUUAGAGACGCAAUGCUUUUUUGCACAUAAGUAUUUCUUUGCCUUGUUUCAAACUGAAUAAAACAUAUAAAUUUUAA